GGGGAGUGAGGCUGGUUACCUGGCAGCCGAGGAGAGAGAGAAGAUUAUAAGUGCCAGAGCCAGUUAACUGAUGGUUAGCUGCUGUUGAAUUCUGACAGUUCCUUAAAUACCUUCUUGCACCAACAUCUUCAUUGGAAGGAAUUCAGAAAAAAUAGCAGAGGGAAGUAGAGACAUCAUUUACAUGUAGCAUGGCUAUACCAAUAACAGUGCUUGACUGUGACCUCUUGCUGUAUGGCCGAGGUCACCGGACAUUGGACCGCUUUAAGCUGGAUGAUGUGACUGAUGAAUACUUGAUGUCAGUGUAUGGGUUUCCUCGACAGUUCAUUUAUUACUUGGUGGAGCUCUUGGGAGCAAGUCUUUCUAGACCUACUCAGAGAUCCAGGGCUAUUAGCCCAGAGACACAGAUCCUUGCAGCAUUGGGCUUCUAUACCUCAGGAUCCUUUCAGACUCGAAUGGGAGAUGCUAUUGGAAUCAGUCAGGCCUCUAUGAGUCGUUGUGUUACCAAUGUGACCGAAGCCCUUGUGGAAAGAGCCUCCCAGUUCAUUCACUUUCCAGCUGAUGAAACAUCCAUGCAGGCUCUGAAGGAUGAAUUCUAUGGUUUGGCUGGGAUGCCUGGAGUGAUAGGAGUGGUUGACUGUAUCCAUGUGGCAAUCAAGGCACCAAAUGCCGAAGACCUCUCUUAUGUAAACCGCAAAGGUCUGCAUUCAUUAAACUGCCUAAUGGUGUGUGACAUCAGAGGGGCACUAAUGACUGUGGAGACCAACUGGCCAGGCAGCCUGCAGGACUGUGCUGUGCUGCAACAGUCUUCUCUCGGUACUCAGUUUGAAGCUGGAAUGCACAAAGAGAGUUGGCUGCUUGGUGACAGCUCCUUCUUUCUCCGUACCUGGCUCAUGACCCCACUUCACAUUCCUGAAACUCCAGCCGAAUAUCGCUAUAACAGGGCUCUUUCUGCAACUCACAGUGUGAUUGAGAAGACUUUCCGAACCCUCUGCUCCCGCUUCCGCUGCCUCGAUGGAUCCAAGGGGGCACUUCAGUAUUCGCCAGAGAAGUCUAGCCACAUCAUCUUGGCUUGUUGUGUCCUCUACAACAUCUCCCUGGAGCAUGGGAUGGACGUUUGGUCCUCUCCAAUGACAGGCCCCAUGGAGCAACCUCCUGAGGAAGAGUAUGAGCACAUGGAAUCCCUGGACCUAGAUGCUGACCGAGUCCGUCAGGAGCUGAUCCUCACUCAUUUUAGCUAAUGUGGAAAGUGGGGAGGAGGGAGGCUUUCCAGGAGUUGUGACAGACUCUCCCCCUUACCUCUCCCCACGUAGUUCCAUCCUCUGGCAUGAUUGUGUGGACACUUGUCAUAAAUUAACAUUUAAUCUGCAUUUUAGAAGGGUUGAGACGCUCUUCAUUUGAAGGUUUAUUUAACUAAAUCAGAACUAUGACA